UUUAAGUUUUUUUAUAAAAAAAAGAAGAGUGUUGAUAGAGAAGACAAAAAAACAGAAACUGAAAAACACCUACCUAGAAGGGAGAUUAGUAAAGACCAAAGAGGCAAAGAGUGACUUCACAUUCCUUAUUUAUCUUCUAGCCAAGGUAACUUGGAGAAGAGCUACAAUGGAUGGUUUAGUUCAGUUUCAAAGACAGUUAGUUGACUACACAGCUUCACUUUUCCAUGAGGGAUUCUUGGAUGAACAGUUUAAUCAACUUCAACAGCUGCAAGAUGAAAGCAACCCAGAUUUUGUUGUUGAAGUUGUAUCUCUUUUCUUUGAAGAUUCAGAAAGGCUUCUUAAUGAACUGGCCAAAUCUCUAGACCAGCAAAGUGUAGAUUUCAAAAGAAUAGAUGCUCAUGUUCAUCAGUUGAAGGGUAGCAGCUCUAGCAUAGGAGCUCAGAGAGUUCAGAAAGUCUGCAUUGCCUUCAGAAACUACUGUGAUGAGCAGAACACUGAAGGAUGCCUGAAGUGCCUGCAGCAAGUGAAGCAUGAGUACUCUCUUGUGAAAACCAAGCUUGAAACUCUGUUCAAGCUUGAGCAACAAGUACUGGCAGCUGGAGGAUCAAUUCCUUUACCUAUCUGAUGAAGUGAUUACAGCAAGCAAAAUGGGAUUUUGGAUUAUGUAGAGGAGAUUUCCUUUUCUAUCUUCAUUGCUUCUUUUACAUUUUUCAAUUGAAACUGCUUAAGCUUUAAAGGGUUGCUUCAACCUUUUAGCGUAGGUUUGUAUUAUAUGCAAUGACGAAGAAUGUGAAUAAACCCUUGCAGCAUUUUGUUCCUUAAUGAAGAAUGUCUGCAACAUUCACCAGAAAACUGAAGAAAUUUGCAUUCAACCUUGUUUGUUUUGGC